CCAUUUUGUUGGUUUGUUUGGUGGAGGAAGGGGGUAUCUCGCUGGCCGCUGGCUGGAACCUGUUGCUCCGUAGUUCCGUGUUGUGCAAUGGACGGCAGUGUCCACCACGAUAUAACAGUUGGUACUAAGAGAGGAUCUGACGAGCUUUUUUCCAACGCCUCGUAUAUCAUGAGCUCCACAGGUCAGGAGUCGUCAAACGCCAAUGGCAACGACAGCAAGAAGUUCAAAGGUGACAUAAGGGGUCCCAGCCUGCCGUCACGGGUCAUUCACAUCCGCAAGCUUCCCAACGACAUCACCGAGACCGAGGUGAUUAGCCUCGGUCUGCCGUUCGGAGACAUCACCAACCUGCUGCUGCUCAAAGCCAAAAACCAGGCUUUCUUGGAGAUGAAUUCAGAAGAAGCUGCUCAGAACAUGGUGGGCUAUUACUCCACCAUGAUGCCCGUCAUCAGACACCAACCGGUCUACGUUCAGUUCUCCAACCACAAGGAGCUAAAAACGGACAACUCCCCCAACCAGGAGAGGGCCCAGGCGGCCCUGCGGGCCCUCAGCUCUUCCCAUGUGGACACGCCGGUGGCAGCUCCGAGCACGGUGCUGAGGGUGGUGGUGGAGAACCUGCUUUACCCAGUCACCUUGGAUGCUCUCUGCCAGAUUUUCUCAAAGUUCGGCACCGUUCUCAGGAUCAUCAUCUUCACCAAGAACAAUCAGUUCCAGGCUCUGCUGCAGUAUUCGGACGGCUCGUCGGCCCAGGCGUCCAAGCUGUCUCUGGACGGACAGAACAUCUACAACGGCUGCUGCACGCUGAGGAUCAGCUUCUCCAAACUCACCAGCCUCAAUGUCAAAUACAACAACGAGAAGAGCCGUGACUUCACCCGACCAGAACUGCCCUCUGGAGAGAGCCAGCCCGCCAUGGAGCACCCGGCCAUGGCCGCAGCCUUCACUCCAGGAAUCAUCUCUGCUGCGCCGUACGCUGGAGCAACGCACGCCUUCCCGCCAGCUUUCACCAUCCAGCCAGCAGUGUCCUCCCCUUACCCAGGCCUGACGGUCCCGGCUCUGCCCGGAGCGCUGGCCUCCUUGGCUCUCCCCACGGCCGCCCGGCUGGGCUUCCCCGUCAUCCCAGCGGGACACUCGGUCCUGCUGAUCAGCAACCUGAACCCCGAGAGAGUUACGCCCCACUGCCUCUUUAUUCUCUUCGGUGUUUACGGAGACGUGAUGCGAGUGAAGAUCCUGUUCAACAAGAAGGAGAACGCUCUGGUUCAGAUGAGUGACAGCACUCAGGCUCAGAUAGCCAUGAGCCACCUGAACGGCCAGCGGCUGCACGGGAAGCCUCUUCGGAUCACGCUGUCCAAACACACCAGCGUCCAGCUGCCCCGCGAAGGCCACGAGGACCAGGGCCUGACCAAAGACUUCAGCAGCUCCCCGCUGCACCGCUUCAAGAAGCCCGGCUCCAAAAACUACUCCAACAUCUUCCCGCCUUCGGCCACUUUGCACCUGUCCAACAUCCCUCCCUCUGUGGUUGAAGAUGAUCUGAAGAGACUGUUCUCCAGUUCAGGAGCUGCCGUCAAGGCCUUCAAGUUUUUCCAGAAGGACCACAAGAUGGCUCUUAUCCAGAUGGGUUCUGUAGAGGAGGCCAUCGAUUGUCUCAUCCAGUUCCACAACCACGAUCUGGGAGAGAACCACCACCUCCGGGUCUCCUUCUCCAAGUCCUCCAUCUGAGCCCGGGGUCCUGCGAUCCGGAGCCUCUUCACUCCGCAGAGAGCCGAUCCGAUGCUGUCCACUACACUCCAAUCAUUCCAGUGCACGUCUGCAGAACCCGCCGCCAAGUCUGCUGUGAUUUUAAACGAUUGUUUUUAUCUUUAGGUUCUUUACAGAAGACGAGGAGUUAGGGCGAGACGUCUCCGCUUCAAAUCAGUCAGAGACUAGAGUUUGCAUUCCGACCGACGCGGAGCCAGAACGUUCCAGGUUUGAGUCAGAACUCGGACGUGAGCCUCCUUUGCCUUUUGAAAUGGUUCUGGCGAGCUCUGGCUGAAACCCUGCACAUUCUGACUCUAGUCUCGGAUCUCCUUUACUGUAGCCUCCCCGCGGUGAGCCCAGUGGGCGGAGUCGGACCCCCGUGCCUUAACCUUGGAGUCGGAAUGACCUCGACUCCGACACACAAAUGAAAGCCUCUGUGAAUUAGUGAGCGGGUUUACAGAAGCAAGGUUUACUGUUGCUGUAUUACAGAUAUAUAUCUCCUGUUUUACUGGUGUCGUUCGUGCUUUACGUUAGCUCUGUAAUGCUGUAGCGUCAAACCGGAUCCGACGUGUUUUAGCAGGUUUUUGGGCCUCGUUAGUUUAGAUUUAAGUUGAGUUUUUCUUUUUGACUUCUCUGUUUUCUUGUAUGCAAUCGUGUCGUGAUCGGAUAUCGUAGCAAUAUUUUAAUCAUUCCUGGACGUUCUUUUGUACUGCGGCGUCCAGGCGAGCUCGGCUGCGGCUCGCCGCCUCCCGCGAGCCGGAGGUGAACGUUUUCGCGAGCUCGCCGCGUUCGUCGCGUCUCCUCUCAGAAAGUUUUAUUUAUGAGUUUGUGAUCCACUACAGCUAAAAACCAAAAACGGCCUUCUACGUGCAAACAGCCCCACCCGCCUCAGGUUUCUGGUUUAAGGACUAAAACACAAGAGAACACGUUGAACUGGCUUCCGUGGCGUUUUCCUGUGAGAAUGUUUUCUUGUGACCGCUUCACUGGAUUCAGCCUUAGUCUCUUUUACAAAGGAAGGAGAAAUUCUGCGGAGUGCCUUGAACGCAGCACCGAGUCAGUUCGAUGGGGAUCAAACCCGAUGAUGCUGGUUUAGAUUUAUUUGUGUCUUACUUUGAUACGUCACCAUUCCAGCCACUCAGAAGCCCCGCCCCCCUCCUUAAGACCUGCUGAACUUUACAGCUGUGAGGAAUUCAGGUCACCUGGGAAAAAUUGGUCUUCAAAAGAAUCCACAAAGCCAUUUCCUGUAAAGAUGAAUGGGAACCAACUUCGGUCAAGUUGGUUAAACUCAAACCAACUUCGUUUUUAUUGCUUUUCCUGCUGAUUUCAACUUUGGGCCAAUCAGAAGAGUCUGCUAAAUGUUCUACAGAAGAAAUGGGACCAAUUCAGACUCGUUCACGCAGAAUCGUUCAUUCCAGUUGAUCAGAUUUAGGGUUGUGUUUAAAAUGACGACCAUCGACCAAAGUGGGAGAGAAAAAACAAGACGAGGAAAGGAUCAGGACUUCCUGUUUAGUAAAAAUACAGAAACCCAGAAAUCCGUAAAGAUUCAAGACGUUUGCAGAUGAAAACAGCAGCUUAAAUUUGAAGAAGUCCAUUAACUCACCGUUUACGCCUUAAACGUCGUGUCACCAUGUUUGUGCAGGACCAGUCUGCCGUUUUUAACCAGUUUCAGUAAAAUAUUUACCUGUUUAGUUUAAAUAAACAACAGAUUUACUAUUUAUUUAGACUUCACGAAAGCUUUAAUGUUUCCUGAUUGGAACGUCAGACGGAAUAAAAACCUGGUCGGUUAAUUCAGUAUAAUCUGAUUCCCAACAGCGAGACCGGUUUGUCCCAGGUGCACCUGAACACAUCACGAGCCAGGUGUGACGACGUGUUCGACUGUAAAUACAGGUUUUCUACGCAGCUGUCUGAGCGGCGAUUGUUGGUUUUGUACCAUGAAACGUGUAUAUUUUGAUUAAAGUGGGCGACCAGUUCUGAGCCGUACACUGUUACUGUCGCAGAAGAAGAUUAAAUCACUUUUUAUCUGAAA